AUGUCGGCGAGACAGCAGGAAGAGAGAUCUAGGAAGCGAAGGAAGGUCGAGGGCUCUGCACCUUCUGACUCGGUUUCUUUUACCAGUUCACGCCAGCUGCAGCAACUGCUUCAUUUUUCGCCGCAUACACCUGCUGAGGAAAUACAAUCAGCCAUCGACAAAUUUAGCCGUUUCCUAUCCUCCAUCUCGAAUGACGAGACCACUCCUGCCCAGCCUGGGUCCAGUCAGUUGAAAGUUCUGAAAGACUACUGUGACGAGCAGUCAUCAACGUCUCACGACCAAGUCGACUUUCCCGACCUCUUAACUGCGUGGGCAAAUGCCAGUCAAGCCAACACCGAACCUAUCCUGUCGGCUGUCCCUGCCGCCCUCAGUCAAUUCUUCCGCACAGUUUCCAACCAUGUCGAAUUCCGUGACUUUGGACUGUCUCUGUGUCACAGUCUGCUCAAACGGGACCAGCUGCGGCUUUUCGACCGUGGCUUGUCCUCGCCGAGAGCAAAGGAACACCUCAUAACCCCAUGCUUACAGCUCCUGACUCAAAUAGCCAGUUUCGAUGGCGGUACCCUGGCUAGCAACGUCUUCAACCGUCGCGAUUUUCUCUACCGACGACUUGAUGGAAUUCUCAGUCAGCUACCGUCAAACCCAACAAGAUACCAAGAUGCCAGUGCCCAUCAAGCGGCUCUGGAGUUUGUGCUUGUUAAUCUCAAGUACCUUGACCCUGCUUCGAAGUCCGAGCUCAUCACUCACGGCAGGUUGAUAUAUUCAGCGAUCCGCUGCCUAUCCAACGUCGACGCUGUUACUGUCGUCAGCUUCCUGGACAGCCUUCGGACCUCGAUCCUCCAUGACAGUAGCCUCAGUAAGCAGAUGAAGGUACGAUGCUUCAACUCUGGCGUCUUGUCCAUGCUGGCCAAGCUGUACGACUACAAGAUAGACGAGGAAACUGGACCACAUCUGGACGUGCGGGAUGCUCUGCAGCAGUUGUUGUUGCAAGUCUGCACAUCGCCAAAUGGCAGCCCGCUUGCGCAGGAUGGCUGGUAUCCUGUGGGUAGCAAUCCGGAGGUUCUGGAACAGUCCGAGGAUAUGAUCGAUCUCGGGUUGGACUCCCCGUUCCACUUUGACGACUACACAGAAAAAGUGCCGGUUAAGAACACCAUGCUGUCGACUUUUCUUCAGACACUCAAGCCUGAGAGUGACGUGCUGCAAACGAAUCUAAUCACCGCCAUAUUCGAAGCCGUGCCUGAACUGGUGGCCGACUAUUUCACGAAGAAGCAGAAAUUUAAUGUCCCUCCUGGGGAUGACCCGAAAUGGCGUGGACAGUUUGCUUUCGUGUUCUCCGUCAUUCAACUACCUGUCCCGAACAACUGUGGCUGGCAUAAUAAGCUACCUCUGGCUCCACCACCAUUGUCGAUUGUGGUCGAAAGCAUCCUUCCCCGACCCCUUGAUCGGUCCACGAUUGGCAAAUGCCUUCGGAUGAACGACGACGUCAUGACCAUAUCUGCGGCACGAUUGCUCACUGUGGCCUUUGAGAAGCUCGAAGCUGUUCUCAACGCCUUCGGGCAAGCGUCUCCAAAGGCAGCUCUAUGGCGCCAAGCAUCUCAGAAACUCAUCCCCCUGUUCAUCGAUCGGAUCCCGCCUCUUCACGAUAUCGUCACUGCGCUGCAAAAGGUUGAUCAAGAUAAUGAGCAGACUCGGACGACAGUACUGGAAUGCAUUGCGACAUACCUACGAGUCCUCCCGUCUUUGGCUGCAACUUCCAAAUUCGACUUCGGACCCAAUUUAACGAAAGCAAUCCACCUAUUCGGGCGGGACGACGCUGACGUGGACAAAGAUGUUCUGAUGGAGCAGAUUCAACAUCUUUUGCGGAUCACUAAUAUUUCACCCUCAACACGGUGGUUCCACAAAGGAGCAUCGGACGACGUGUCACUAAUGGUGCAGCUGCUCCGAUUCGGUUCUCAACAUCUUGGAACACCGGUCACCAAACAAGCUCUUCCCAUCCUGAAAGCAAUACUCCAUAGCAAGGGAGUCAUUAGCACCAUGACGCAAUCUUUCGAAGCGCUGAUAGUGAGCCUCGGCAGCACCAAGAAGUGGGAGCCGGCUCUUGUCACGUACCAAUUCCUUGACAACUGCUUGUCUAGAACGGUACAGCGGCCGGUCAAGUACCUCGAUCAGCUUGAACAGGCCCAGCAAUUGUUGUCCGACUCUACAGAUUUGAGUCUCACGGCCUGUUGCGUGGCUGAGCAAUGGCAGCACAUUGUCAAGAAGGAAGACAGCAAGAGUAUCAAGAACGUUGCAGGGUGGGUCGCGAAACUCUUCUCUGCUCUUGACGCUGCCGGAGAGAAUUAUCGAGUCAUGACCUACUUCAGGGAGGACGUGAUGGCACCACAGUGCAACGAGAAUGAAAAGGCCAAGGCUCUGCUCGAGAAAUCGUUCGAGAAGCAGAGAGCGAAGCCUACGGUAUUGCCUGACCUGCAAAUGCACGACCCCGAACCAAGCAGUGAAAUCCCAGACGAGGACGUGACGAUGUCGCGUGCAGAUACAGCACCCAGUUUCGACCUCGACAAUGUCUUCCCUCCACCGCCGUCCAUUCCACAUUCAUUAACCGGCCUCGACCGCUGGUUGAAGCCCGACUUUGAAUCCGAGAUUCAUUCCGGCCGCCUCGCCAGCUUGAUCCGGUGCCUCAUCUCUCCUGAAUCAGAGAUCCGCAUCCAAGCAUUCCACACGUUACAAGGCGUAUUGUACGCGUUGGAAGGAUCUGCCUAUGAGGAGAAAACGCAACUCUAUCUCGUGCUCGGCGAACUGUGCGAGACCGUCAAAGCACACAACCUAUCAAAAGGUGACGGGGAAUCAGCGUCUCCUCCGACCUCUAUCGUUGCGGAACUGGCCAUCCAUUUCCUCCCAACGAUAGCGGAGCCGUCGUCGCCGUUUUAUCGCAAGACGAACAAUUACCUCCUUCGUGCACCGUCGUGGUCCAUCACGCAUAUCCUCACCUACUGGAUCAACGAGACGUUCUUUAUCGCCCCUGAGAUCGACGACGCAGAUAUCCCCUUUCACGUCCCGCAAGGCACUAUCAGUCCCGGUAUCAUUACCGGCACUGGCACCGGCAUCGGUCCCGGUUCUGGCGCCGGAGGGACCAAAAAUAACGCCCAAGCGCUAGAGGUGGAGCACCUUCUCGAUCUCCUCCUCCGAUCACUCCGCACGCAAGAGGACAUGGAUCUCUUCCGUCGCGCCCACGUCUUCACGAGACUGUUCUCGUACUACCUCGCACCCAUCUGCCCCAGACACAUUCGCAAGAAGAUUCUCGGGCUCGUGUAUCGAGCCACGUCGGUGCCAGGCGGGAGCGACACCCUCAUCACCCGAACAGGAGCGAGAGAGUGGUUGGCUGCUGCCAAGCACGUGAGGCUUCACAGCGGAUACGGUCCGCUGUUCGGCAGGAUCGACGAGGAAGUCUACACCUUGGUCGAGGGUCUUGAGAAGGAGAUCGAGCGGACAUGUCACACCGUGGGAAUAAAGCGGUGGGAAGAGGAGAGGAGGGGUCUCAGACCAGUAUCAACGGCACCGGCGGCAGCAGCGGUGGGCGCGAGUGGUCCAAGUGGUGUGUACGGAGUAAUAGCCACGACGAGGAUGAGGACGGGUGAUGACACAAGUGAGAGUGGAGAUGCAGGUGCAGGUGCAGGUGCAGAUGGAGGAGGUGACAGGGUGGUUACGCACGUCAAUGGAAUCGAAAGACCUGACGGAGAGGAAGCGAGCGAGCUAGACUCUGACGACUCUGAUGACGACUCUGACACUGAUACCAGCACUGACUCUGACAGUGGUUCUGCGUCUGAGUCCGAGUCCGAGUCCGAGUCCGAUAGUGUUUCUGCGUCCGAGUCCGAUUCCGACUCGACCAGCAACGCCACCACUACAAGUACUCGUUCCCUGAGGAGGCGCAAAGUGACAACCAGCUGUAGACCAGCGGCAUGCUAG